UGUUUAAUAACAACAAGCGAACGAUGCCUCUUGUGUAACCACCGCUGCCAUCCAACUUCAAAUCGAUUUCAUUCGAAGGCCCGUCUCUCUGUUCGAGCGAACAUUUGUCACAGACAUGGUGGUCGCAUCCCGCUGUGCGCUACUCCUGGGGCUGGCCCUGGCCGCCGUGCUGGGCUCGGUGCUCGGGCUGGGUGAGGACAUCGACCGGCCUCUGAUCGGGCCUCCGGGCUCUCCUAUCCGCCUGCAGGAGUCCGACCCCGGUCUGAAAAAGGCUCUGGAGUUCGCCGAGGAGCGCUACAACCGGGGCUCCAAUGCCAUGCACCUCCGCAAAGUCAGCCGACUGCUGUCGGCCACCAAACAGCUGGUUAAAGGGAUCCGCUACACAAUAACAGUGGAGCUGAGCAACACUCAAUGCAAGAAGUCCACCGUGCUCAGCACAUGUGACUUCUAUCCCGAGUUGCACAAACUCAAGACGGAAGUGUGUGUGUUUGAAGUGUGGGACGUUCCCUGGCAGGGCGCUUCGACCCUUCUCAAACAGAAGUGUCAGCCGAAAGUUGAAUCUCAACUAAAAGAAACCAACAAGGUGGUGGAUGCUUCCAUCAGCGAGCCCCUGGAGGAGUCUGUGGAGCUGUUGGGCCAGUUCAAAGAGUUCAUGGUGACGUACAACAAGGUCUACAGCAGCCAGGAGGAGGCAGAUCAUCGUCUGCGCGUCUUCCACGAGAACCUGAAGACGGCCCAGAAGCUCCAGUCUUUGGAUCAGGGGUCUGCGGAGUAUGGAGUCACUAAGUUCAGCGACCUCACUGAGGACGAGUUUCGCUCUGCUUACCUGAACCCGCUGCUGAGUCAAUGGACUCUUCAUCGACAGAUGAAACCGGCCUCCCCGGCGCGAGGCCCGGCCCCUGCCAGCUGGGAUUGGCGGGAUCAUGGAGCUGUCAGUUCCGUUAAGAACCAGGGUAUGUGUGGGUCCUGCUGGGCAUUUUCAGUGACAGGCAACAUUGAAGGCCAGUGGUUCCUGAAAAAUGGGAAACUUCUGUCCCUCUCUGAACAAGAGCUGGUGGACUGCGACGGGCUGGACCAGGCGUGCAAAGGAGGGCUGCCGGCAAAUGCUUACGAAACCAUCGAGAAGCUGGGUGGUCUGGAGACAGAGACUGACUACUCCUACACCGGGCAGAAGCAGAGGUGCGACUUUACCAAAAUGAAGGUGGCCGCCUACAUCAACAGCUCUGUGGAGCUGUCCAAAGACGAGGGGGAAAUUGCAGCUUGGCUGGCUGAGAACGGACCGAUCUCUGUUGCACUGAACGCCUUUGCUAUGCAGUUCUACAGGAAGGGCGUGUCUCACCCGCUGAAGAUCUUCUGCAACCCCUGGAUGAUCGACCACGCUGUGCUGAUGGUGGGAUACGGAGAACUUAAGAGUAUUCCAUUCUGGGCCAUCAAAAACAGCUGGGGAGAGGAUUAUGGAGAGCAGGGCUACUACUACCUGUACAGGGGGUCCAAUGCCUGCGGGAUCAACAAGAUGUGCUCAUCUGCUGUAGUGAACUAAAACGACCACCACACGAACACCGCGUCACACUACGUGUAGCAAAGUUGCCAGCUGACCGCACCUUCAUACCUCACACCUUGUGUUACUAAAAACAUACCAGCUUCAUUAAAACUAGCUUAUUUGAGUAAUUGUGUUGUAAUUUAAAAAUUAGAUUAUAUGUGCUAAUUUUAUUCAAGAAGUUUUGCAGGUCUUAAGAAUCAGUGUGACGUUAGUUAUUUUGGUUUUAUCUUAGAUUUCCUUAGAGUAACUGAGACCGCAUUUGAUGAAGAGCGUGCAAUAAUUAGAAGUUAGACUACUGUGUUUUGUGGUUUCUUGGAUGUCUGGUUAACACUGUCUAUGCUAAAGCUAUGUAAUAUUUUACCUACCUGUAUCGGUCUGGCCAAAACUGCUCUAAGACGGUGAGAAAUAAGUGAAGGUUGAAUAAAUAAAAGUGUUAAAUCGUG